AUGGAGAAAUCGAAGAACUUCAGGAUUGACGCUCUGCUCGCUGACGAGACCAACCGGGGGAGCCGCGACCUCUCCCCCGGUCUCAGUAGCGACAGUCCCGCGGGCAGCCCGGUCUCAUGCCGCCGUGCGGACACCCCGUCUCCGCGGGCCUCCCAUCUUCAGACCGGAAUAAUCCCCAAACCGGGUGUCCUCAAUCUCCCGCAUCCAGGACUUGCUUCACUGCCCCAGGGGGCGAUUCCCGGCAUGUAUCCUGCACCCAUGUACCCAUUAUCGGCGUUGGGUGGCCAGCACCCCGCGUUCGCUUACACCGGUUUCACACAGCUAACGCAGACCUACCCGGAGCACCUGAAGGCUGCCAUGGCGGGAUCUCUUCCCCUGGAACACUGGAUCCGCGCUGGGAUCAUGAUGCCACGACUGCCAGAUUACAGCUCGGGCCCUCAGUCCGGUCUGUUGGGGAAGUGCCGGAGGCCUCGCACCGCCUUCACCAGUCAGCAGCUCCUGGAGCUGGAGAACCAGUUCAAACUCAACAAGUACCUGUCCAGACCCAAACGCUUUGAAGUGGCCACCUCACUCAUGCUGACUGAAACACAGGUCAAGAUCUGGUUCCAAAAUCGAAGGAUGAAGUGGAAACGCAGCCGCAAGGCGAAGGAGCAGGCCACCGCGUCGGCCCAGUCUGAGGCAGAGCGGCUACGCAGUGGAGGAAAAACAGCCUCCGACAAAACUGAUGAGAGCAGACGAGCUGUGAAUCCGGAUGAUGGAGGGAUAGAUCUUGACAUGGAGGAUGGGGAAGAGGAGGAAGAGGACGAGGAGGAGGAGGAGGAGGAAGAGGAGGAGGAAGCCCGGCAUGGUUUUCCUGUUGCAAUAGGAAACAGUGUUGGGAUGCCACGAUCCACGGACUUCUUGCAGCGUGGCACUGAUGUUGGCUACAACCCCCACAGCCCUUUCUCUGAUGAGGAGCUGGAGGGGGUGCAAGUAGGAGGAGGUGACAGGAAGAUUGGGGCAGGACUGUGA